AGAAUCCGCUAUUAAUACAAAACCCUAGACCACUUAGAACAAUUUUCCUAUUAUUGUUCUCACCGCUAAUAAACUUGUCAUUCGCGUGUGUAUUGGAAAAAAGUAGGAGAAAAAUGGCGUCGUUUGGGGAAGCACCACCAGGUAACCCUAAAGCCGGAGAAAAGAUCUUUAAGAUGAAGUGCGCUCAGUGUCACACCGUUGAUAAAGGCGCUGGUCACAAACAAGGACCCAACUUGAACGGGCUCUUUGGAAGACAAUCUGGUACAACUCCAGGUUACUCUUACUCUGCCGCAAACAAAAACAAGGCUGUGAACUGGGAAGAAAAUACAUUAUAUGACUACUUGCUCAACCCUAAGAAGUAUAUUCCUGGGACGAAAAUGGUUUUCCCUGGAUUGAAGAAGCCACAGGAUCGGACAGAUCUCAUAGCUUAUCUCAAGGAGGCAACUGCGUGAAGAUCUUGUCGGAACCCUAUGAUACUUUCGCUAGUGGUCAGGAGUUUGUCCAUUGGUAGCAUUCACAUUUUAUAUUCUGGAAGGCAUCUUUUGUCCGUUUGAAUAAAACCAAAUACAGUGUCAUGCCAUUCUUCUGGUUGAGUUAAGCCAGUCUUAAAGGAAUUUUGUCAAAGAGUUUGUCAUUGAUUACUACAUUAAAUAUUUACGUGCUUAUGACUCUACCAGUUCGUUGUUAUGCAAUUGAUUUUUUGUUC